AAAAAUAUUCCGCGCUUGCAUACAAGUAUAAGCUUCGAUUUCUCAACGAUACCGAUCGAACCGAAUUUUUUCGUAUCCAUGUGCUAAUUUUGUAAGUUCGAUUCUUUAAUUUAUUGUGCGAUUAUCGAAAGUGACAAAUCAUAGGAAGGAUACCCAAUAAAUGUUCUUAGGAUUCAGGAAAUUCAAUAGUAUAUCAUAAUGGGUAACACUCCGAGUAACUUGAGUUAUAAAGAAGAAGAAGAUAUUUGGUGGAGAAAUGGCGUUAUCGAGAAAGGAAUUCCAGAACAAGUAGCAAGUAAUCCUAAGGACUCAUUCCAUAACUUCGCAGAAGAAUUCGAUAGAAAACGAGAUAAGCGAAAACAAAUAUUGGAGCAAAAACGAAAAGAAAUACAGGGUAUAAGAGAAGAGCUUGAUAUUUUAAGGAAAGAAAACGAAAAAUUAAGGAACCAACAAUCCAAUCAACAGAACACACAAGAAAAUGAAGAAUUAGCGUUUUUGAGGCGUCAAAACCAGAGUCUACGUGAAGAAAUACUCGAAAUAAGACAAAGGGAGGAGAGUGUUGAAGACAUAAGGGAGAAAAAUACACAACUGAGAAUAAGUGUUAGUGAAAUGCAAAGUGAAUUACAGAAAAUGAACUCUAGCCUAUUAGAUUUCGAAGAACAGAGGGAAGAUUACAAACGACAUGUUGUUGCUUUAAAGGAUGUCAUUAAAGUUUCUAAAGAAUUGCUGCAAAUACGAGAAACUGAACUCAAAGAUUUGAAAGAGAAAUUGAAAUCCAUAGAGAUAGCCUUCAACGAAAGGGAAGCAUCACUCAUGUCGAAUGAUUUGAAAAAAGAAUACGAGAAACAAUUACAAAACAUUCGAAAUUUGAGAGAACUAUAUGAAGAGAGAAGUAGAACUCACAAACGAGAAACAAGCCUCCUGAAAUCUAACCUUGAAGAUAAAGAAAAGGAAUUAGAGAAAAGUGAACAGAAGAUGAGCGAACUCGAACAGAGAAUUCAAGAUUUAGAAAAGGAUAAUUCCGACAAAUAUGAUACAAUUAAAUCAUUAGAAUCGAAUCUUGGCUUGGUGAAGGCUGAAACAAGGCAAUAUCAAGCCGAAUUGGCAGUAAUCAAUCAGCUCUUCUCGCACAUUCUGUUAGCUUUCCAUAACUCCCCUGAACUGGAUUUCGACAAGCUUCUGAAGAGACUGGAAGAAAAUCAUGACCUUCUCAAAGAUAUCGUCAACAACGAAGUAUCGAGUGAAGUAUCUUCUGCGCUUCCUAAAGUGCUCCUUGAUUUGGUCAAUCAAAUAUCCGGAGAGAAUGAACCUAGUGAAAAUGAGAACUGUGAUAAGAAAAAAGCACUGACAGAAACCGAAACACCUUCUACCUCUUAUAAUCUGAAUAGUCCAGCAGAAAUAGCGGAAAAUCUUCCGAAAGUUUGGCGUGUUCUGAUCGAGCUCUUAAGUCAUCAAUCCGCCAAAGUCUCAGAUCAAACAACUAACGACGAAGAAGACGAAAAUCGGUGCUACAAAACUGUAACAACACCAAAGGGUCCUAGUUCGGUUCUUAGUGUCAGCAAGACGUUCUUCAGGCUUAAAGAACUGAUUGUUGAGAAGAAGACAUUGGAAAAGGAUAUGAACAAUUUGAAACAACUGAACUCACACUUGGAAAGUAGAUUGCAAGAACAGGAAAAGAGGUUUGAAUUCGUCUCUACUGAAUUAUCGAAAACCUGGAACUUUGUGGGAAAAUUACAGAAAGAACAUAAACUUCUGCACACUCAAGAGCAGAUCCUACGUUAUGAGCUAGCCCAGAAACGUAAACUCCUGAAAGAGCUAAAGGAAGAACUGGAAUACAGCAGGGAAAAAUGGCAACAAGCUAGAGAGAAGAAUUCGAAGACUGAGAAGGAAUGGCUGAUACUUAGGAAAGAAUUCGCUGCCCGGCGUAGGACCAUCGUUGAAGACGGUAACAACAGUGUUGAGAGUGGUUUCAGCGAUGAGAGAGAAGGAUCCAGCGAUGAAGAACCUGGAUACGAAACGGACAUAUCUGAAUGUAACGGUAAAGUAGAUGAGACUUGCGAAGAUGAACUGUCGGAAGAAAUUGAACAUGACAACAAAGUUGAAGAAAAUAAAGAAGACAAAUCCUUACCAACUCCAAACAAUAAUGUUCAAGAAGUGCCCAUACUUGAAGACAUUUCAACAGUAGAUCCAGAAGAAACAGAGUCAAGAAAUGAAGGAAGUUUUGAAGUUCCACAAGAUCUGGACGAUCAAACUGAAAACGCAUUCGAAAAACCUGAAGAAAGUGACUUAAGCUCAAUAACUAACUUAGAAAAGGGACUUUCUACCAAAAAAGAAGCAGAUGCUACACUUGCAUCAUCGAAAGACAAACAUUCCGUAGCAAAUGAAGAUAUACCAAUUAAUUCUGGUGCAACAUCAACGAAAUCAUUUGAAGAAAGGCUUGCUGCGAGAGAUGAAAGGCUGAAAAGGCUUGAAGGACAAUGCAAGGCUCUAGUUAGUCAAGUGACGAAUACCUCCAAUAGAAGUAAUGCAAUUUGUACGAAGCUGGAGGAUCUUCAUGAAAUCUACGGAGAAUGUUCUAGAGAUUCACACUCAAGAAACCCCACAGAAGAAUUGGGAACAAAGGGUUCUGAUGAAGAAAAAGAAGAAGAAAGCUGAUGUGAAAUUCUUCACUGAUAUUAUUCUGAUUACAAUACUUUUUUCAGUUCAACAAGUACUCAAUUAGGGCAAUUGUGAUGGAAUAGAAUUAAUGUUUUUAUGUGUAGCAAAAGAAAGUUUUCUUUCAGUUAUUAUCUCCUUUUAAGAUCAUGAGGAAUGUGAACCAUACUCGCUAGGAAGGAGGAAUAAGAUUAGGAUUGACCAAUGAGAGUUGCCCUAUGCGCAAACCAUACGAUUUACUUUGUUUAUAUGUUAACGGACUAUAGAUGGCUACAGGCUUUUUAGUGGAUCAACAGGCUGAACAAGAUACAAGCGACUGAAUUAGAAAUGUAUAUCAGAUCAUAAGAGGUUGAAUGUUUUCAGUACUCCAGAAAUUUUGAUAGGUCUGAAUGGGUUAUUUCGAUUUUUAUACGAUCAAUACUAAUUUAUAUAAUAUUAUUUAUAAUCACUUCGAAAAUAAAUGUUUUCUUGAA